AUGGCCGAAAUCAUAUACAGCAAGGGAACCAGGGUAUGGUUCCCCGACAAGGAGCUCGGCUGGAUCUCCGCCGAGGUUAUCUCCAAUACCAAAACAGAUGAGGCCGUCAAGCUCGUCUUUACCGACGAACGCGGAAAGGAAAUCAAAAUCGAUACCACCGUAAAGGCCAUCAAGGACGGAAAGGAGGACCUUCCACCACUUCGGAAUCCUCCCUUGCUCGAGACUGCCGAUGACCUUGCAACCCUCUCUCAUUUGAACGAGCCUUCAGUCCUUCACACUAUCCGCAAUCGUUACGCUCAACAUAGUAUCUACACGUACUCCGGUAUAGUUCUCAUCGCAGUCAACCCCUUCCAACGUGUCGCCCUCUAUGGCCCGGAGGUCAUCCAAGCAUAUAAUGGCCGUCGAAGAGGAGAGCUUGAGCCCCACUUGUUCGCCAUCGCGGAGGACGCCUACACCGCCAUGACCAGAGAUGGUACUGGUCAGACAAUCAUCGUUUCGGGGGAGAGUGGUGCUGGAAAGACCGAAUCGGCCAAGUUCAUCAUGCGUUAUAUCGCCUCUGUCAACCCGCCCAAUGCGAAAGUCAAGGUCAAGGCUAAGGCUUCCCUGGACGAGUCUAGUGAGGUGGAACGGCAGAUCCUGGCCACUAAUCCGGUCUUGGAAGCCUUUGGAAACGCGAAGACGACUCGUAAUGACAACUCGUCACGUUUCGGAAAGUACAUCCAGAUCCUGUUCGACGGCGAACAAGAGAUUGUUGGUGCCCGGAUUCGGACAUAUCUCCUGGAACGCUCCCGGGUAGUCUUCCAGCCGAUGACGGAACGCAACUACCACAUUUUCUAUCAACUGUGCGCCGGUGCGCCACUGAAGGAGCGGAAAGAUUUUGGCCUGGACACGGAUGUCUCCAAAUUCCAAUACCUCUGUCAAGGUGGACCAUCGUCAACACCAAUCCCUGGUGUCGAUGACGCGGAAGAGUUUAGGCAAACUCAGACGGCGCUAUCCACGAUUGGUAUUUCGGUCGAGAAGCAGUGGGCCGUCUUCAAGCUCCUCUCCUCUCUUCUCCACCUCGGCAACAUCAAGGUUACUCAGUCUCGGAACGAUGCCACCAUCGACGACGCCGACCCGGCGCUACAGCUAUCCACUCGCUUCCUCGGUGUGCCGCUGGCGGAGUUCAAGAAGUGGACGAUCAAGAAGCAGAUCACCACGCGCUCCGAGAAGAUCGUCACUUCGCUCAACGGUGCGCAGGCCACUGUGGUGCGGGACUCCGUGGCCAAGUUCGUGUAUGCAUGCCUCUUCGAGUGGGUGGUCGCCGUCCUCAACGAAAGUUUGGCGGGCGAGAACGGCGAGGCCGCAAGCCGGGCGGAGAUGUUCAUCGGUGUGCUGGAUAUUUACGGUUUCGAACACUUCAAGAAGAACUCGUUCGAACAAUUCAGCAUCAACUACGCUAACGAGAAGCUGCAGCAAGAGUUCAACCAACACGUCUUCAAACUUGAGCAAGAAGAAUACGUGAGAGAAAAGAUCAACUGGACGUUCAUCGACUUCUCGGACAACCAACCUUGUAUCGAUGUCAUCGAAGGCAAACUUGGUGUAAUGGCGCUCCUGGAUGAAGAAUCUCGUUUGCCUGCCGGCACAGACCAGUCGUUCCUGCAGAAGUUGAACAGCCAGCUCACAAAGCCCGAACAUGCGAAAGUGUUCAAGAAGCCCCGUUUCGGCAACUCCGCUUUCACUAUCGCUCACUACGCUUUGGAUGUCACGUACGAGGUGGAGGGCUUCUUGGAGAAGAACAGAGAUACCGUUCCGGACGAGCACAUGGCGCUCCUGCAGGCAACCAAGAACACAUUCUUGAAGGAGGUGCUCGACGCUGCCUUCGCAGCGACGAAGCCUGCGGAUGCUGCGCCACCCUCGCCCACGGUUUCUGAUUCUGCAAGCUCUACCAACCGUCGUGCCUCUGUCAUCCCUGACCCGGGACGUGUCUCGAUUAUGUCUGGUGGUGCUGCUGCUUCAUCGGGACCCAAGCGGCCUGGUGUAACGAAGAAGCCUACUCAGGCGUCGAUCUUCAAGGCAUCUUUGGUCAGCCUGAUGGAGACCCUCAAUGUUACCAACGUCCACUACAUUCGUUGUAUCAAGCCCAAUGAGCAGAAGCGUGCUUGGGAGUUCACGCCUCAGCAGGUACUCGGACAGCUCCGUGCUUGUGGUGUCUUGGAGACUAUUCGAAUCAGUUGUGCCGGUUACCCCUCGCGUUGGACAUAUGAGGAGUUCGCCGAACGGUACUAUAUGCUUGUGCACUCGUCCGAGUGGGAGCCGAUGAUCAAGAACCUCGAGCUCAAGCCUCUCUGCGCUCGCAUUCUCGAGAAGACGAUCAACGACCCGGACAAGUACCAGCCUGGCCUAACCAAGAUCUUCUUCCGUGCCGGCAUGCUCGCUGCUCUCGAAUCCCUCCGUUCCAACCGUCUGAACUCGCUCGUCACCAUUGUGCAGAAGAACAUGAGACGAAAGAUGGCCGUCAAGAAAUACAAACAGCUCCGCGAGGCUACCAUUAAGAUCCAGACAUGGUGGCGCGGUAUCAUGGCCACACGGUUGGUGAACAGAAUCCGUAAGGACGUCGCCGCCAUUCGGUUGCAGCGUGGUAUCCGCCGGUAUCUCCAGCGCAAGCGUUUCCUCGCCAUUCGCAUGUCUGUCGUUUCUCUGCAAGCACGGGCAAGAGGAGCUCUCGGGCGUCGGUUGUUCAAGGAUUCAAAGCGUACCUUCGCCGUCGUCACCCUGCAGAGCCUCUUCCGCGGCCUCCUUUCACGCCGGUCAUUCAACAAGGAUGUCAAGAACGUUAUCCUCAUCCAGUCGUGCAUUCGCAGGAGGCUCGCCCGCAAGGAGCUUAAGUCACUCAAAGCUGAGGCUCGCUCGGUGUCUAAGUUCAAGGAGAUCUCGUACCGCCUUGAGAACAAGGUUGUCGAGCUUACUCAAAACCUCCAGAAGCGCACCGAAGAGAAGAAGGAACUGCAGAACAAGGUCCUCACUCUCGAGGCUCAACUCCUCCAAGCCGUCUCCCGCCACGAAGAGUCAGAUGCUCGUGCUCGUCAGAUCCAGGAGCAGCUCAACGGGGUGCAGGAAGAGGUCUCUCGGAGCCAGCAGCUUUUGCGCACCAAGGAGGAUGUCGAGAGGAAGCUCGAGGAAGCCAUCACCAAGGCCGCGGAGAAGGAGGCCGCGAUUCAGAAGCUGACCGAAGAGCUCGCCCAGCAAGCCUCCCAGCUGGAGACCCAGCAGAAGCUUAUGGACUCGCAGCCCGUGCGGAAUGCGGACGACAGCUCCGUCAUUCAGACCCUCAAGACCGAGGUCAGCAGCCUCCGUGAGCAGCUCAACCGUGCCACCGCGCUCAACGCGCUCACUCGUGGGGUGCGCGCGGAGCCGACGUCGCCAACCUUCGCUCCCGUCCUCCGUCUCGCCGAGGCCCCCGCCGCUGCGACCAACGGCCAGCUCGCGAAUCUCAACCGCAGCCACCAAAGGCGGCACAGCUCCGCGGGUGUGUACGCAAUCAGCCCCUCGGACCAUCGCACGUCCGCGGACGAGCUCAUGUUCAACGCGAAGCGGAGCCAGAACGCCAACCCCCGUGCGGUUUCGGUCGCGUACAACGGCGAGGAUGGCCUGCCACAGUUCCGCGUGUUGGACCGGUCGAGCAUGUUCGACGACCCGGCGGAGGAGAAGAUCAGGUUGAUGCAAGACAUCAAGCGCCUCGACGAGGACGUCCUGGACGGCCUCGUCCGUGGCCUCAAGAUCCCUGCACCGAGCUUGACGAGCCCGGCGGCGGUCAAGGAGAUCUUGUUCCCUGCGAACCUUAUCUCACUCAUCACGAACGAGAUGUGGAAGUACGGCCUUAUCCCCGAGAGCGAGCGGUUCCUCGCGAACGUCAUGCAGACCAUCCAAUCUCACGUCAUGUCCUUCACCAGCGAAGACGCGAUCAUCCCUGGCAUCUUCUGGCUGUCGAACGUGCACGAGAUGCUUUCCUUCAUCUGCGUCGCAGAGAGCGACAUGCUGCAAGGCAUCGGCCCCGGUGAGGAGAACGCCGUCCGGCCGUUCGAAUGGCCGGACUACGAGCGUCUCGUCUCGGUUGUCAAACACGACCUCGACAGUCUCGAGUACAACAUCUACCACACAUGGAUGCUCGAGACCAAGAAGCGGCUGUCGAAGAUGGUUAUUCCCGCGCUCAUCGAGAGCCAGUCAUUACCGGGCUUCACGACGACCGACGGCGGUGGCCGCCUGUUCAACCGCCUGCUCAACUCCAACACACAACCGGCGUACAGCAUGGACGACAUCCUCAACCUGCUCAACAAGGUGUGGAGGAGUCUGAAGAGCUACUACAUGGAGGAGACGGUGGUGCAGCAAGUCAUCACGGAGCUGCUCAAGCUCAUCGGCGUCACGAGCUUCAACGACCUUCUCAUGAGGCGUAACUUCUCGUCAUGGAAGCGAGCCAUGCAGAUCCAGUACAACAUCACUCGUAUAGAAGAAUGGUGCAAGUCCCACGACAUGCCAGAGGGGACAUUGCAGCUGGAGCACCUCAUGCAGGCGACGAAGCUUCUCCAGCUCAAGAAGUCAACGCCGGCGGAUCUGGAGAUCAUCUACGACGUCUGCUGGAUGCUGACGCCGACUCAAAUCCAGCGCAUGUGUACCAACUACUACGUUGCCGACUACGAGACACCGAUCUCCCCCGAGAUUCUCCGUGUCGUCGCAUCGCGCGUCUCCCCCAACGACCGCAACGACCACCUGCUUCUCGCACCAGAAACCGAGGAAGUCGGGCCGUACGAGCUCCCGCUUCCACGGGAGGUUUCUGGGCUGGAGACUUACGUCCCCGCAUACCUCAACGUCCCCCACCUGAGGAGACUUGCGGCUCUGGUAGCAUAG